AUGAAUCUCUUUAAAGAAUUCUUUACACAAAUCGCACGUAUUAAAUCUAAGAAUUCUAUUUCUACUAUUGAUACACUUAUUGCAAUGUAUUCUAAAUGUUUUGAAUAUUAUGACUAAUAAUAAGAUCCAAUCAAAUACUAUUUUUUGGAAAAAAUUCAAUAUACUUUAUCUUAAGAUCAUACUAUUGAACAUAUAACUAGAAACUCUAAUCGAACAUAAACAACUAGAGUUUCUAUUUCAAAAUUAGAUCCAGAAUUACUAAAUACUUCAAUUAGAUCUAAACAAACAAACAAUCCAUAAAAUUAAUUUUCAAUCUCAACUCAAUCAAGACACACAUAAUUAACAAUUAAAUACAUUACUUGA